AUGGAACGUUUGGCAACAUUAGUUCAACCUUUUGAGGCUGUCUACUCCCCCACCGGUCAGCUGAGAAAAGAGAGACACAUUGACGACCUUGAGGAUACCAGCAGCCUCAUCGAAGGUGAAACCCCUAUUCCAAAGUCAAAGCAAACUCGAACUCGCAAGCGAUUGCCACUCGGGGUGAAGGACUCGAAUGCCCCUCGCCUAGUCAAACGCAAAAUAAAGACUGAAGACUCGAUGACACCAAUGGAUCAAGGCGGCGAUGGACUGCCGCCUCUGCCACACCUUCAGAGCGAAUCUACCAUUGAAUCUUACAGUUUUGGACCUCAAACUCUCCUCAGCGAGGAUGAGGACAUUGACAUCAAACCAAGCGUUCUCCCACUGGCCAACCGGAAACGCCCUGCAAGUUUCAGAAUCUUUGAUGAUGGAAGCCCAAUGCAAGAUCGAACCCGAGUGAGGGCUAGUGGCGACCACACUAUGACAGCAGCUGCACCGCGAUUCCUCUCGGGUACUUCUCGCACUCAGAUAUCCACCAAUACGGCCCUCUGGCUUCAGCCGUUGCACUCAGGUCCAUCACAGUACCAGAACCCAUAUGCUUCUCAGCGUCACCUGCCACGUGAAUAUUCUGAUUUCUACCAUGACGCCCAGCAGAAAGAGAACAUAAUCCCAUCGAGCAAUCCAACAGUCAGACUUGGUAUUCACACUGCAAACCCUUUGUCGUGGCGUUCUCCUCCACAUGGUGCACAAAAUUUGGCUUUUGCAUCAGAGCUACCGUUCGAGAAUUUUCUUGGGAUAUUCCCUCACCCAACUUCAAGUGAUGAUCCAUUUAUGGCUACUCGAAACCCAUUUGCCGAAGCACUCCCGCACUUUGGUGCUUCGGAUAGUAUGAUGAUCAAGCAGGACUAA